UUUUCCCUUCCACUUAUUUUCCCUACCAAAAAAACACAACAGCCAUCUACACCAGUUUACACAUUUGAUCAUAUUUUUCCAUCCCCAAAAAACCAAAGAAAAAACAGAAAGAAGAAAAAAAAAAUGGCAGUUCUAAAUUGCUACCUCUCAGUAACCUCAACAGCAACACCAAAAUCUCAAGAAUCAUCAACAAAUUCAUCACCAACACUACCAACCAAAAUAAUUCUUCCAAAAAAGAAGCCUAUGAAAUGGUCCACUGGUGAUGCACCAGGUGAAUAUGGGGGUCCACCUACUACAACUAAGUUAAGGAAAUAUUGGGGUAAAGAUGAAGAUCCUCUUACUUCUGAUGAUUUUAUUUGGAAUAAAGAAUUUAUGGGUCGAAUGAAAAAAUUUGUUCAGAAUCCUCAAGAAGAUCACUCUGCUCCUGUAAAGGAAGAGCCAUCUGGAUUUCUUAGCUUAAACAGAGUCAUGAGUCUUGACAGUAUGGAAAUUGACUUAACCGAGAAGCUAAUAGCCCCUUCUAAACCUAUGCUAGACCCUCAAGUCAAUGAAAGUCAAGCUAGUGUAAGUGCAUCUCAAAAAUGGAGACCAGCACCAACACGACGCGAGCAAGAGAAGUGGGAUAGGGCUGCAAAGGCUGCAACUGGAGGCAGUGAAGUGUUGCUCCGAGAAACAAGACGCUCAAAAGAGGACCCAAAUAUUUUGGCUGCUCAGUCGGAAGCGCAGUAUCUUAAGUUGAAGGACAAACUACAGUUGCUCACCCUAGGUAUUGGUGGUGUUGGCAUAGUUUCAGCAUAUGUCUCUUAUUCUCCUGAAAUCGCAGCAAGUUACGGUGCUGGGCUACUUGGUUCAUUGAUGUACAUGCGUAUGUUGGGGAACAGUGUGGAUUCUCUAAGGACAGAUGGACCCAAAGCGCUUAUCAAGGGAGCAGCUGGGCAGCCAAGGCUACUGGUUCCUGUUGUUUUGGUCAUGAUCUAUAACCGGUGGAAUGGGAUCCUUGCGGCGGAGUAUGGAUUGAUGCACCUUGAGUUGAUACCCAUGCUAGUGGGGUUCUUCACUUACAAGAUUGCAACUUUUGCACAAGCAAUUGAGGAGGCAGUGACAAUUGUAGGGAAGAAGACAGAAACAUAAUGUUAAUACGUUAUAGGUAUAGUACCAAAGUCCCCCUUAUAGGAUUUGAUAAUUUUUGUGUCAAUAUUAAUUUACUAAGAUAUACAUGUUUACAACAUUCUUCUUGUUUUAUAACGAGGUGUAUAGUUCAAGCAACAACGAAUUUUCAUGUUGAAUUCAUAUCCUUUUAGAUAGUUUACUCAUCAAGGAGCAAAAUAAAGCACUGCUUGUCCCGA